UUACCGAUGAUUAUGAACGACAUCAUUGUUACUUUUCCGUUGUUAGCAAUUGCCAACAACGUCAUUGUCUUAAACUUUAAUUAUCACAGAGAAACGGGAACACGAUGGAUGUGAUUGUAACUGCUGUUACCGUCUACAACGUUCUGACUCUGGGUUACUGUCAGGGACAAUUGUUGAGUCAAGCUACUCUUACAAAGAAUACCCCGACGUCGCGAACUUUCGUCUGUACGUGUUCCGACGCCGCCAGCUGCACUGCAGACAAGUGGAAGGACCUCCUAGCAGAGUGUCGGCAGAUGAUGGAGAAAAUCAAACAUGAGACCACGUCAGCAAAAGCACAAGAGACAACCACUUUGGCAGCGGUGACAACCACUUCGACCCAAAGACUUACCACCACAGGUCCUGCAUAUAGGGGCUGCUAUCAGGAUAAAACCCCUCGUCUCCUUCUCAAUGAACACAUUAAGGACACCACAGCUAUGACGAUUGACAUGUGUCGAAAUCACUGCACCCUGAAGGGAUACUCCUUCUAUGGACUUGAGGCUGGAUGGGAUUGUUUCUGCGGCAACGAGAUCAAGAGUGGCUCCGAGAAGGUGUCCGACAACGAGUGCAACGAGCCAUGCGCAGGGGACAACACCAAGACGUGUGGAGGAUGGUGGAGGGUGGCCAUAUAUCUGGUUGUUUGACGGUCCUGUCUGGGUGCCUUACAAAUAAAGGAGUGUUUUAUGGUAGCCAUGGUGUGAUCCACAUACGAAAACAAUAAUAUCUACUCUUGGAAAAACGUUGUUCUCCCUCCAUGGACUCCAUUGUACCCUGUUACACCCUCACAUUGUUCCGUGUGAAGACAAGAUAUAGUCACCCGCUGUGCCGUGUGUUACACCCUGAUAUUGUUCCCCUUGCAGACAAGAUACGCUCACUCAUUCUGCCUUCUGUUACACCCUGACAUUGUUUCGUGUGAAGACAAGAUACACUCACCCACUGUGCCGUGUGUUACACCCUGACAUUGUUUCGUGUGAAGACAAGAUACACUCACCAACUGUGCCGUUUGUUACACCCUGACAUUGUUCCUCGUGUAAAGACAAGAUACACUCACCCACUGUAGCGUGUGUUACACCCUGACAUUGUUCCGUGUGAAGACAAGAUACACUCACCCACUGUAGCGUGUGUUACACCCUGACAUUGUUCCGUGUGAAGACAAGAUACACUCACUCACCGUGCCGUGUGCUACACUCUGACAUUGUUCCCCGUGUGAAGACAAGAUACACUCACCCACUGUGCCGUGUGUUACACCCUGACAUUGUUCCAUUUAAGGACAAGUUCAGGUACAUCGUGAAACUGUUUCCUGUGAACGAUAUUCUCAAGCACUGCUUUCAACAUAAUAACAGUUCCUUAUACCAUUAAGUGUGUCGAUAUUGUUAUCUUUAGUCGGGAGUUUAAACUGUUUUCAUUUUGAUUACAUGCCAUUUAGAGAGCGGUCAAAUGCAACAUAUGUUAUAUUUGGGAUUACACUUUCUUAGUA